UCUAUUUACAUAAUAUAAUUAUUAUAUGAUAACAACUGUUUGAACCAUUAAACCAUACUGCCUAGCUUUAAUGAUAUUUUGUCUUUCAGACAACAUGUCAACAGAAGCCAAAAUCAUGAAUUUACAAGAAUCAGAUGCUGCAGUUACUCUUGGAGACGAACAUCUUACAAAGGACGCACUUGCUGCGUCAGCCCUACACACAUCAAUUGCAGACGAAGUAGCUGCACACGUGUUAACUGCGUCUACCGAAGAUGAAAUAGCCGCCCAUGCUCUAUGUGACCUUGUUGCCUCGUCUAAUCCAGUGGAUUUAGAUUUGUCCGAAGAUAUUGCCAUGCCAGCCUUUGAUGAUGUCGCGGAAAUUUAUGAAGUCAUUGAAAUUGGUGGCAACAAAGACGUAUCAACAUUAGAGGAAAAUGAGAAUACAAGCAUGUGAAUGUCACCAACGUUAAAUUUUUAGCCAACCGGAACACACCUACUCGAGUGGCAAAAGAAAGCACCAUCAAGGCGAAAUGGACGUGUCGUUCAAAUGUAAUGCGCAGAAAAGAAUGGAGUCUACUUCUAAAAGUAAGCCGACUCUUUUCAAAAAAGCAUUUGAAUUGUCCCAGAUUGCCGGCUACAACGUAUUUGUAUUAACUCAAGAUAAACAUGGAAAUAGAUGUUACUUUGGUACAGGUCCUCUGAAAACACAAUUUCUAUCUCAAGAUGGAUUAACUUCAGGCACCAAAGACUCUGGGAUGAUCAUACAAACACAUCCUGACCGUACUGUGUCCGUUACACCAUCACCCAGCAAGCCGAACAGUAACCAGACAUAUCUUCCGGCUUCCACGCGUCUACAAGAUGUGUCUCCAGUCGUUUCCUUGUCUGAGGAAGCACCUCAAACCAUGUCUCCGCCUAAUGGGAAACCGAAGAAAGGGCGAUCACUCAGUUUCCGGAAAAAAAGUGCAAAGGAAGUAGCCUCGGAUUCCCAAGUAACACCACCUCAGAAACAGACGACAAAGGAACGAGCAACCACAUCAAAGAGGAAGAACGCAACUCCAAAAUCGACUGUGAAAGACCCUGAAAGUAUGUCCCCACCGUUAGAAAAUGUAAAGAAAGGGCGGGGGCGUUGACAGAAAUGCCAGCAAGAAGACUCCUC